UCUCGCGUCUCUCUCUCCCUCUCUCUCGCCAGCGAGAAAAAAGCUGCUGUAGCGGCAAAUAAAGGCGCGUGUGAAAUCUGUGAAAAUUUGCCUUCGAAACAAAAUCAACAACUAGAUGAAGAAGAAGCCAACAUAAAAAGUGAAAAGAAAAUUAGUGAAGAAGUUCGAUUGCGGUUCUCAGGAAAAAUAUAAACGGGGCUAAACAUUAAGCCGCAGAUCCAAAGCGAACGAGCGAAAAUGAAAGCGGGCCGCGCUUUUGGCUGCCUCUUCUGGGCGUUGCUCUAUUGUGUGCUGUAUUUGGAUUUGGUCAGCGCCAGCGAGGAUGAGUUGCUGGACUUUGAUUUUGCCGACGCCACCGAAACGGACGCCAGAGCCAACAUCGAAGACUGGCAGCUGGCCGCCGAUGAGCAGCAGGCACAGCAGGCGGAAAAGAAACUGGAAGACAAUAUGCUUGACUUUAGCGUGGACCUGGACGAACCGGAGCCGGAGAAGCAGCUGCCCCAGUUCGACUGGCGCGAAAGAGUGCUGCGCACAGCCCUGUCCAAGGCUCUGACGGAUCGUGUGCUGCGCCAGAAAUUUGCCGAAGUGAUGCCCAUUCUGCGCGUGUUGUCCUCGCAGCAGCGCCUGGCACUCUCCGCCCUCAUCUCGGCGCAAAUGAACGCCAAGCGCGGACACGAGCUGAAGCUGGAGCAGGUGCGCAUGAUGUUUGGCGACGACCGGAAGCUGCUGCUGCCCGUUGUCUACGAUCUGGCCAAUCUGGUGAAGAGCUCGGCCCGCAAGUACAUCCGGCUGGGCAACGAGCUGGCGUCUGCGGCGCUGCGCCAAACGCCGCUGCAGAAGCGCAAGGAUAUGCUUACCUUCGAGGAGUCCGAGCAGGACGACAGCGUGGGCACCAUCGAUGUCAGCGCCCAGCCAAGCCAAGAGCCGCCGGCCAGCUCGCUGGAGGACUUCUUCGAAGAGAUGCAGGCGGAGGUGCUCGAUCCGCAGAUGAUCAACGAGGCGCUCCAGUCAGCCACGCCUACGGCUGCGAAUCGGACCCGGCGUGUGCGUCGCACGGCGAACGAAUUUGUGCACAAGCUGACGCGCUCGGUGCCCGUCUCGGUCAGCGAACAGCAGCUGCUGGGCGGCGCCGCGGGACGCACCAUCAAGCUGAAUACAACGGUCUUUCAGCAGCCGCCCAGCGGUGCAGCUGCCAGCACAGAGCCCAGCCCCACCCAGUCGUAUGAGCAAGUCGAAGAUCUCGCCCUAGCCGGCCUGAAUGGCACCGAGCUGCCGCCCAAUGCAGACGAACGUCUCUAUCAGCUGAACAACGACAACAGCAGCAACAGCAGCGCUGAGGAGCCGCUGCCCAGUCCCGAGGAGCUCAUUGCGGGUCCGCGCUAUCGACGACCCGGCGCCAAGCUGCCGGCCAUCAAGCGGAAGCGCGUCCAGAGCUCAGUUUACAGCCGCGGCCGGCCAAAGAGCGCGGCCAGCUCGCACAGUCCGGUGGUGGCGCCGCCGCACAAGAAAUGCGAACGCUUCACCAGCAAUAUGUGCAUCCGCACCGACGACUAUCCGCUGUAAGAUCCACUUAGUUAGCCGGCUUUUGGUGCCCUUACCCGGGUUGUCUAGUGUAGUACGAAUUUUUAGCUUAAAUAAACGUAAUUUAUUUUGUUC